CGCGGAGUGACUGUGCCGCAUCUCACUGCUCCUGCUUGUGUGCGCAUUUACGCGCUGUUUGGUUCGUAGUUCAGUUUCGUCCUAAUUACUCUGGAUGCGACCAGGAAUAAUUCCUACGAUGCUCACAAGUGGUACGCCGCACGCAUUUGAGGGACGCGGUGAAACCUCAACUUUUAUCACUUAAAACCAACCUCGGCUGCCAGAUGUGUGAUGAAGUUGAAUCCUUUCUACUCGGUGUCAAUUACUUCACCUCUACAGUGAAGAAUCAAGCUUGUCCAUCGCCAUCGACCUCCCCAAAGCAGCCUUCAAUGUCAACCUUCUUCAGACUGGAGGGAGAUACCACAUAGUCUUUCAAGGUGCCACACCAAGGACCACCAACCACCACAGCCGACAGGACAGCUGGACUUCCUCCUCCAAUCCCAGCCCUCCAGUACAGUCCUUCAGGGUUGUAUUCUCUCCGAGUCAUCUUGGUCUCUGGAGAAACUGAGACUCACUACAUGUGUGGAUAAGACUCGUUUUUUAUCCUGACGUUUGUACUCCCCCCGUUUGUUUGUUUUUUUAACCGGCUGAUCUGGAACUUGGGCUGCUUUUGGGAAACGGGGCCCAGAUGAGGUGGUGUGGCUGGGGUGUGUGGAGAGCCUCCGUGACUCUCCUGCUUCUGCUGCUCCCCCUGUGGGAGAAGGUCUGCUGGGGGGUGAGCUCCAUCUCUGGGGCCCUGGAGGAGGUGGAGUCCCCUGAGGAUAAGCCCCACAGGCCUUGGAGCUCUUCCCUAAACCAGCGGGACGGCCUCCGCAGACAGAAACGCAGCUGGGUGUGGAAUCAGUUCUUUGUGCUGGAGGAGUACACUGGCAAUGAGCCGCUGUACGUUGGCAAGCUCCACUCAGAUGUAGACAGAGGAGAUGGCAACGUGAAGUACGUCUUGUCAGGGGAGGGCGCUACGUCCAUCUUCACUAUCGAUGAGAACACGGGUGACAUCCACGCCACUAAGCGUCUGGACCGGGAGGCCCAGGCUUACUAUACUCUACAGGCCCAGGCGGUGGACCGCAUCUCCAACAUCCCCGUGGAGCCCAAGUCGGAGUUUGUGGUCAAGGUCCAGGACAUCAACGACAAUGAGCCAAAGUUUCUGGACGGGCCGUACCUGGCUGGAGUGCCGGAGAUGUCUCCCCUAGGGACCAUGGUGGUCCAAGUGGCAGCCACUGACGCAGACGACCCCACCUAUGGGAACAGUGCCAGAGUGGUGUACAGCAUCAUCCAUGGCCAGCCGUACUUCUCUGUGGAGCCCAAGACUGGCAUAAUCAGGACAGCUCUGCCCAACAUGGAUCGUGAGACCCGGGACCAGUAUGUUCUAGUCAUCCAGGCCAAGGACAUGGUGGGGCAGAUGGGUGGUCUGUCGGGCACGACCUCCGUCACUGUCACACUCACAGAUGUCAAUGACAACCCACCACGCUUCUCACACAAGAGCUACCAGUACACAGUACAGGAGUCCCUCCCCGUGGCGUCCGUGGUGGCAAAGAUCAAGGCGGUGGACGCAGACAUCGGCAGUAAUGCUGAGAUGGACUACAAGAUAACGGACGGCGACGGCCCAGGCUUGUUCAACAUCACCACGGACGAGGACACCCAGGAAGGAGUCAUCCUUCUCCUCAGGCCAUUAGACUUCGAGACAAAGAGCAGCUUCUCCCUCCGUGUCGAGGCCACCAACCGGCACAUCAACACCAACUUCCUGACCGCGGGUCCAUUUAGCGACACCGCCACCGUCAAGGUGAUCGUCGAAGAUGUGAAUGAGCCACCACUCUUCUCCUCACCACUCAGUAAGAUGGUGGUAUCUGAGGAUGCCAGAGUGGGAACAUCCAUCGGGAGGGUGUCUGCUCAUGACCCCGACAACUCCAACAGUGCCAUCAGGUACUCAAUAGACAGGAACACAGACUUGGAGCGGUUCUUCAAUGUGGACGCGCUCAGCGGGGUCAUUAGCACUGCCAAACUCCUGGACAGAGAAGUCAACUCAGUCCACAACAUAACCAUCUUUGCAAUGGAAAGCCAGGAUCCAACCCAAAUUGGAAAAGGUGUUGCUGUUAUUACUGUACUGGACAUAAAUGACAACGCCCCUGUGUUCGCCAUAGAAUAUCAGACCAUUCUCUGUGAGAAUGCCAUUCCAGGGCAGGUGAUCCAGACCAUCAGUGCGGUGGACAGUGACGAGCCACCCAGCGGGCAUCGCUUCUACUUCUCCCUUGCUGCAGCGGUCGCAGGAAAUCCCAACUUUACCCUGAGAGACAACAAAGACAACACGGCGUCCAUCGUGACGAAGCGAGCCGGGUUCAGGAGGCGGGAGCAGUCCAUGUACCGCCUGCCAGUGCUGAUCAUGGACAGUGGUAGCCCCGCCCUUAGCAGCACCAACACCCUAUCGGUGAGCGUGUGUGACUGCGACUCGGACGGCGAGGCCCUAUCAUGUGGAGCGGUGGCGUACACGGCGACCGGCCUCAGCACCGGAGCUCUGCUCGCCAUCCUGGGCUGCAUCCUCACUCUGCUGGUUAUGGUGCUGCUGAUCGUGAGCAUGAGACGGAGAAAGAAGGAGCCUCUGAUCCUGGAGGAGGAGCGGGACAUCCGGGAGAACAUCGUCCGCUACGACGACGAGGGUGGCGGGGAAGAGGACACCGAGGCCUUCGACAUGGUCACCCUGCGCAACCUCAACGUCAUCCGGGACCCCAAGGUCCGGCGCGACGUCACCCCAGACACGCCCACCUUCUUCCCGUACCCUUCCUCCUCCUCUUCCUCGCGCCCCGCCUACAAGACGCUGCCGGACAACGUGGUGUUCCGAGAGUUCAUCUGGGACCGGCUGAAGGACGCCGACGUGGACCCGUCCGCUCCGCCCUACGACUCUUUGCAGACGUACGCUUUCGAGGGAAGUGGCUCGGUAGCAGAGUCCCUGAGCUCACUGGAGUCCCUAAGUACAGAAUCAGAGCACAACUACGACUAUCUCAGCAACUGGGGUCCACGUUUCAAAAAGCUGGCCGAUCUCUACGGCAACAGCGACAGCAGCAGCGUCUUCUCAUAGCCGAAACUUAUUUUCCUCCGCCCGCCCCCACCCUCCAUCCCCGAGUUCGAGCCGAACUUAGAAAAAGCCAACAAUAGGCGUUUAUUGUUACAGUACCUGAGGAUAAAAUGAUCUCUUCUGCCAUAGUGGGGCAAGCUUCUGUGACAACAAACGUGAUUGAUAAGGAAAAAAAAGAGAACAUGCCGAUCUUGACUUCAAAGGAUUUGGUUUGUUUACUUCCCUUGUUAGGAUUUUCAAAAGUGUGACACCGCAAGUUCUGAAAUGGACUUCAAAAGGGACAUGACUGAAGGUGAAACCUUGUGAGCAGAGACAUUAAAAGGUUUUGUGAUGCUGGGCCGGGGUCCAGUCAUUGACAGCAGAUUACAUUCACAGUACAGUACUUUUAAGAGAAGGCACCUGCUCUUUCAUUACAGCAAUGGGCACAGACCCAGCACUCAGACCCAGCAUUCCUGCUUUAAUGGGUUUCUUUGCUCUUUUGGCAAAACAAACGAAAAAAAAAGAACAAAAAAUCCCCCAAACUUGAACAGAAGUACUGUGCCACUUGGCUAAUUGGUAGUCCCUCGCCCGUUCCUUUUUCAAGUCAUUGAGUGUGUCGAUGUUUUGUUCCGUUGGUCAAUUUGAAACAGAUCUGGAAGACAAUCGCCUUGGACUUGAGACAGAUUCCAGACAAACAGCUUAUCAGGCGGUUGAACCUCUCUGUUGUUUACAAGAGCCCAUAGCCAGCCACACACACUGUACCUACCUGUUAGGGGGGUGUAUUCACAGCUAAAUAAUGACAUGUUGCCAGUUUGUUUGUCUCCUUUGGUAUGGAGGUAAACAUGCAUUUUAUUCCUCUUAACAAUGCAUUUUUCUGAUAUUACCGUGUGGUGUUUGCCUUUCAAUCUCUUAUCCUUAGGCCGGACUUGUUCUAUUGCCAAGUCGAAUUUUGUGUAACAACAAUGUGGUAAUUAUGUAAAACACAGUACCAAGAUUAUUUUUUUCUUUGCCCUUGUUUGCCCUUGUUUGCCAAGGAAUUGUUUAUGGUCAAACCUGUUACAUUUGGAAAGCUUUGUUGAAAGGGUUGGCGUCAACGCUGUGCUGGGUCCUGAAAGGUUCCUGUAAACAAGACGCCGACGCCUGAAGAACGUCUUUGAAUCUGGGAAUGAUUCGCUUGAGUGACUUAACUGGACAAAAAUUCCCUGGUAUUUGUAGAGAGAGUGUAUCAAAUCUUUCUUUCAGAGAUGUGGUUGGCAGAGUUAGAUGAAGGUUGUCUGUGGCUCUUAUUGUGUUUAUUGAUGAUAAAGGACACACUGUACGACAAUGGUAUUGUGACGACAAAUUUGUCAUAUUUUCAAACAAAAUUGGUUUUGAACUGUUACCACUGGACGUCAAAAUGUUAAUCGAAAAUGUAUUCCUAUUUAUUUAGCAGAAGGCAGAAAUAUGUGACAGAUCUUUUUAUCCUUUUUGCUGACAAUAAAACGGACAUUCAGUUCC